GCAUCGCAAUUAAUUUCCGAUAUAACGAAGUUACAAGUCGAAUUGUGAACGAUGAGCUCAGAAGAGACAUCUCAGAGCCGGAAAAAGAUGGAAAACCCAUUUGACAUUUUGCGCGGUCGUCGUACCGAGAAGAAUAUCGCGACGCCCGCAUUUUUUCGCAGCGAAAAGAUGUCACUCUGCCAAAUACUUCUUCAUCGCGAGACUGCUUUCGAUUGUCUUUACAACUUGGGCAUGGAGGGCAAGGUACAAUUCAUCGCUCACAACGAUGGCUACUAUUUGCCAUGUAUGAAUUAUGUCAGCGAAGUGCAACGCUGCAACGAAGUGUUGCAUAUUAUGAAGGACUUGCAGGCGGAAAUCGAAGACUGCAAUCUAACAACUGUGUACUAUCCGAAUGUCGAUACCGACGAAGUGCCAAACGAGUCUGAUUUGCCACGCAUUGAAGCACAAAUAGAGGAAGUGCGUAUCGAACUUGGCGACGUGUUGUCGGAAAAGGAAGAGCUGGAGUCACAGCGUCAAAUAUUGAACGAACGGCUCUUCGUACUCGCGCGAGCUGAAGCCUUCUUCACGGGUGCGACCAAUCGCGAAGCGGUCAUGGCUUGGACCAACAGCAUGAUUAUGAAUAUACUUCGCGAAGGCACGCAAGCACAUAGCAUGAGUCGAGACAACCAGGCACAUUUGGGCUUCGUAACCGGCACUAUACUCAUCGAUAAAUUUCGCGCUUUCGAACUGGUCUUAUGGCGUAUUUGUCAUGGAAAUUUUUAUAUGAGGCGUGCCGAGAUCCCAGGAGUUGACACGGACCAGAAAUCGAAAAAUUCAGGACGUAGGUAUGCUUUUGUAAUACUCUUCAUUGGUGAAGCGAUGCGUAGGAAGAUCUCCAAACUGUGUCAAACCUUUUCGGUGCAAUUGCACGAUUAUCCGGAAACGGCUGAAGCUCGCAUUGAGUAUCGCAAACGAAUCGCUUUGGAACUGAGCGACCUGGAAACGGUCUUGGAUCAGAUAAAAGCUCAGCGUCGCCGUAUACUGAGCAUUGUAACGCUGGAAUUGUGCAUCUGGCGUUCAAAAAUUAAUAAAAUGAUAAUGAUCUACGAUAGUAUGAACAAAAUGACCAAUGUCCAUCAACUGGAUAAUCAAAAAUAUCUGGUGGUAGAGUGUUGGAUACCAACGAAUAGUGUGACCACAGUACGGAACACACUAAUGAAGGGUGCUUACCGUUCAUCGAAAGGCGCUCAAACAUUUCCUCCCAUCAUAACCGUACAGAAGUUUAAGCCACAUUUACGCGAACCGCCAACGUAUUUUGAACUGAAUAAAUUCACGCGUGGCUUCCAAAACCUUGUAGACGCUUAUGGCAUGGCUUCGUAUAAGGAGCUCAAUCCAGCUCCGUACACAAUUAUAACUUUUCCUUUUCUGUUCGCUAUAAUGUUUGGAGAUGUGGGUCAUGGUAUUAUAAUGACAUCGUUCGCAGCAUGGAUGUGUUUGACAGAGAAGAAACAAGAGGACCGAAUGAAACAUUCAAAGGGCUCGAAUGAGGUAUUUGGUUUGAUAUUCGCUGGCCGUUAUGUCAUACUGCUGAUGGGUAUAUUCUCCAUAUAUACUGGUUUUAUUUACAAUGACAUAUUCUCGAGACCCGCGAAUUUGUUCGGUUCGCACUGGCGUGUUAACUAUACAAAGAGUACGGUGCAAAGUAAUAAAUUACUCCAGUUGGAUCCGCAGCAUGCUGAAAACUAUAUUGGAACACCCUACAUAUUUGGUGUAGACCCAAUAUGGGAAGUGGCGGGCCAGUACUCCAUUACCACCUUCAAUUCGCUGAAAAUGAAAAUUGCCAUCAUAUUGGGUGUAGUCCACAUGAUAUUCGGCUUGUCGUUGUCAGCGUGGAAUAGUAUUUACUUUCAAAAUCCCGGAGAUUUGUAUUUGGUGUUUUUUCCACAGAUCAUUUUCUUGACCUGCCUGUUCUUCUAUCUGGUCUUGCUGAUAUUUAUCAAGUGGAGUAUUUUCGGUGGACACUUCGAUACUCCAUACAACAGCGCCUGCGCUCCGUCCAUACUCAUAAUGUUCAUCAAUAUGGUGUUAUUCAAAGAUGGCUCUAAGGAUGUCCUAAGUGGCUGCAACUUGGAAAUGUUUACGGGCCAAACGAUUGUACAGUAUCUAUUAAUUUUUGUGGCGUUUUCUGCAAUACCGGUUUUGCUGAUUGGCAAACCCGUAUAUAUACAUUUUGAACAAAAGAAAAUUAAGGCUAUACAGGAUGCGGAGCGCAAGCGCAAGGCUAGUCGGGAAACGUUGAAUAGUGUGCGAAAGACGCUCCAAACCUAUAAUGUGGAGUAUAUGAAGACGUCAACGUCGUCACAGGUAUUCGCCGAUUUGGAGGAGGAGAAAGUGGAUAUGACCGAGGUCUGGAUACACCAGGGCAUACAUUGUAUCGAGAGCGUCUUGGGCUCUGUGUCGCAUACGGCAUCUUAUUUGCGUUUGUGGGCGUUAUCUUUGGCACACGAUCAGUUGUCGUCGGUGCUGUGGAAAAUGGUGUUGCAAAUACCCCUAGUCGGUAAUCACGGCUUGGCAGAUGGCAUUUUACUAUAUUUUAUAUUUUAUGUAUGGGCGGUCUUGACUAUAGCCAUUCUUGUGGUCAUGGAAGGCUUGUCGGCAUUUCUGCAUACGUUGCGUUUACAUUGGGUCGAGUUUCAGUCGAAAUUCUACACAGGCGCUGGCGAGAAGUUUAUACCGUUUUAUUUUGAGCCUACCACCAGAUAUGGUUGA